AUGACGAAUAAUAAUAAUAACAACAAUAAUUACGGUAGUUCAAAUUUUACAUAUCCUUUACGUGAUUAUGUUGCAAAAUAUGAUUAUAAGUUUUCCAAUCCAAAUGGUAAAUUAUCUGAUGUUUGGUUACAUAAAGAAUAUCAAAAGUUAUCUAUUAAUACUAUAGAAGGUACUAAUACUAUUAAUAACAAUAAUAAUAUAUCACGUGAAAGUAGAAAGAGAAAUGUUGGAGAUGUUGGAGGUCCUGAUGAUGAACGUGAAAGUAUGAUAUCUUGUGAUGAUAUAAUAGUUUCUGAUACUGAUACAAAUAAUUCACAAGUUUCAAGUGGUCAUGGUCAUAGUUAUAGACAAGGUUUAAUCCAUCCUCCAAAAAGAAGAUUAACUAGUAAUGUCUUAUCGGAAAUGAAUACAACAACUCCAUUUAUGCUAGAUUCUUUCGCGGGUAUUUUAUCACCACAACAACCACAACAUACACUAAUGGCUCGUCAACAAAGUACUGCCAACACUGCAGACCAAUCAGUACUUGCUCCAACAUUAUCACAAGUACAACAACAACAACAGCAGCAGCAGCAACAAGUAAUACAUGUACGUCGCCCAAGAACUCCAACUGCUAUAAAUUCACCUUCACAUACACCUAUCUCCGAUAUUGAAGAAGAUCCAAUACAACAAUUACCCCUUCCUUCUCCAAGUGCAUCUCCAGUCCAACUGGAUAUUGAAAUACCUAAAUAUUCAGAUCCAAUAGAAAAACAAUUCUCCAAUAUCCCAACUACUCAAGGUGAAUUAAUGGAUAUUGUUACUAAUUUAUUUCCCUAUUUUAAUGAACGAAAUCAAAAUCAUUUAAUUUUUAAAUUAUUACAAAAUAUAAAUCGUGCAUCAUUAAGUACAUUUAAUGAAUUAAUUCAUAAUUCUUUAAAAAGAGAUUUAUUAAGUAAUUUACCCGUUGAAAUUACCAUGAAAAUAUUAUCAUAUUUAGAUUCAAAAACCCUACUUUCAUUAUCACGAGUUUGUAAAAAAUGGUUUGAAAUUAUUAAUAAUCCAAAUCUUUGGAUUAAUAUCUUGAAAAAGGAUAAAUUAAUAACCGAUGAUAUCAUAAUUAGACAAGAACUUGCCAAUCCAACCCAAUUAAUGCAAGAAUGGGGUGGAAUACCAGGAAUGAACCCGGCUCAAGUCUUAUACAAAAAAAGAAGUAUCAUCGUUAAUAGAUGGAUGAACCCCAAUUAUGAACCCAAAAGAAUUUGUGUCACCGGUCAUGGAAAUAAAGUAGUCACAUGUUUACAACAUGAUGAUGAAAAAAUCGUAACUGGAGUAGAUGAUAAAUGUAUAUUAAUCUAUAGUACCAAAACCGGGAAAUUAUUAAAAGUCUUGGAAGGUCAUGAAGGUGGGGUUUGGGCAUUGAAAUAUACUGGGAAUACAUUAGUUACUGGAUCGACUGAUCGGACAGUUAGGGUAUGGAAUAUGAAAACCGGGAAAUGUACUCAUGUAUUCCGGGGACAUACUUCGACAAUUCGAUGUCUUGAUAUUAUCCAUCCGGCAAAUAUUGGAAAGGAUUCAAAUGGGAAUGAUAUCAUAUUUCCCCAAUUCCCCCUUUUGGUUACUGGAUCAAGAGAUCAUAAUAUUCAUGUAUGGAGAUUACCAUUAUGUGAGGAUGACAAUGAUGAUGAAGAUAUUGAAGAUGGGAUGAAUAGUCGUCCAGCUACAAGCACAACAUCCACAAGUGAUGACCAACCAACUUUUGACAGCAGUGAAAUUGAUAAUCCAUACUUACUCCAUGUCUUAUCGGGCCAUACUCAAUCAGUUAGAUCAAUCUCGGGCUACGGAAACAUAAUAAUCUCCGGCUCAUACGAUUCAACCGUCAGAGUAUGGGAUCUUCUCCAGGACGGCAAUUGUAAACACGUCCUCACCGGACAUCAAGAUCGAGUCUAUUCCACCGCCAUGGAUUUCAAUACCAAAACUUGUUUUUCCGGUUCGAUGGAUUCAAAUAUAAACAUGUGGAAUUUCGAAACCGGGAAAUUAAUCAAGACUUUAGAAGGACAUUCUUCAUUAGUAGGAUUAUUAGAUCUUGUCGAUGGGGUACUUGUGAGUGCUGCCGCCGAUGCCACGUUGAGAAUAUGGGAUCCUGUGACUGGAGAAGUCAUGAGUCGACUCAAGGGCCAUGGUGCCGCCAUUACUUGUUUUGAACAUGAUGCGUUAAGGGUUGUGAGUGGGAGUGAGAAGAUGUUGAAGUUGUGGGAUGUGAGAAGGGGGGUGUUUGCUAGGGAUUUGUUGGCGGAUGUGACGGGGGGCAUUUGGCAGGUGAGGAUUGAUUAUAGACGAUGCGUGGCUGCUGUUCAACGGUUUAAUGAUGAUGAAGAGGGGGAAACUUUUAUUGAAAUUUUGGAUUUUAGCGAGCCGCCUAAGAAGAAGGUGGUGGAGGGCAAUGUGUCUAGGAUUUAA